UAUAAAUCAAGUCCACGCCGUAGUUUCAUCUCGUUCUUCAAUAGCAAAAGAACUCUUCUAGAUCAUUGCUUUUUAUUUCUAUGUUGGAUUAACAAACACAAAAUUGAAGGUUGUGCUAUAAAUAGCUGGUGUUGGAUAACAACAUGGCGGAAACUAGCGACAAAGUAGAGCUGGAUGAUUCCAUCUUGUUAAGAACAAAAGCUUCUGGUUGUUCAUCCGAGAUUUUUAACCUUUUAACUUUGUGUGAUUUCUCUGACAAAGCCCUUAACUGGGGCGUUCAUCAAGCUUGUAAUAUAGGUCACGCCCACCUACUCCAGCUGCUCCUCCAAGAUGGUACCCGACUGGAACUCAGAGACGACAACGGAAACACUCCUCUUAUCCUCUGCUCCGCGAAAGGUUUCCCGGGCAUUGUGGGCCAGCUCUUGAGCAUGGGCGCUGACGUCAAUGCUAAAAAUAAGCACGGCGAUACGGCGCUUAUGCUGGCUACGUCAGUGGAGGUAAUUCAUUGUUUGCUGGAGGACAGGCUCUUGCACAUAGAUGAUCAAAACCAGACUGGGAACACUGCUUUAAUGUUAGCCAUCGGUAAAUCUCAUUUCCAGAAGGUCAAAUUGCUGAUCAAUGCUGGGGCUAACCCAAACAGGGAAGCCUCACAGAGUGGUUUGACUUCGCGCCAUGGUCAACUUGUCAAUAAUUCAAACGAAUCUGCUUUCGAUAUGGCCAAGAGAAUGGGAGUUGGUAAACUGCUGGACUUGCUCUAUCGUGCUAAAUUGUUCAACUCAAAUCCUUUGCACUUGGCAGCGGAAGAAAAUGACUUUGAGACCUGCAUCACAUUGCUGCAGUACAACUUAAUCGAUAAAGAUGAAACGUUGAAUCUUCAGCCUGACAUCCUCUGUUAUAUUCUUAGGCAGAUACAGCAAAGGGAAGCUACUCUCACAACUGAUGUGGAGCUUGUUAAAAAGCUAUGCAUGCUGGGCAUGGAUGUUAAUAUAUGUCAGUGCUGCACAAAGUCACGCGUGGAGCUCGUGCUGAACACCGGAAGCUACGAACUGGCUGAAAUUCUUUGUGCUCAUGGGGCUCAGGUUACCCACGACGAUCUUGUGUCUGCGGUUACAGGACAGCACGUCCAAAUGAUUCCGCUUCUGGUAAAAUACGGGGCACCAAUUAACAAAUACGAACCCCCUGGGUGCUUGGCUUACAAAGGUUCGGCUCUUGAUAUAGCACUGGAGAAUUCUUUCGUGGCUGCGGCCGGCAUCCUUCUUUCUCUCGGGGCCAAGCUCGACGCCCAAGGCGCUGUCACUCAAGCCUUGCGGAAAAACAACGUGCAGUCUCUAAACUUUCUUAUGACCGAAUGUGCUGAAAUGACCAAGUCUGUGAUACGCCAACCACAAACGUUCACACAAGCUGUAAAGUCAGGAAACAUUCAGAACAUCCAGCUGCUGCUUGAUGCGGGGCUGGACAUCAACCGAGUCCACAUCAAUGGUACUCCAAUAAUGAGCGCGGCUCGUGUAGAGGUCGUAGACUUUUUAUUAAGCAAAGGAGCCGACGUCAACUUUAAAACAACAACUACACCUUUGAUUAAUGCCUUGUCUUACAAUUGUUACGACGAAAUAAAGUCGAUUUUUCACUAUCGACUCAACGCCAAAGAGCUUGAAGAAAAAAUAAUCCUUCUCCUAGACUCAUUUUUAAAGAAUGGAGCAUGUCUGCAUGACUCUGAUACAUAUGGAAAUACAGCUUUAAUGAAAGCCGUUACAAUUAGCAAUACAGAAUCAGUGGUUCUCAAAUAUUUACUUGAUAAAGGAGCAGAGGUGAAUAGAAGAAACAACGAUGGCUUUACAGCACUGCACGUUGCAGCGGAGUCUAACAAUGUUUCGUGUGCAAAACUCUUGUUGGAAUACGGCGCUGUUGUAAACCUGAAAUGCCAAGCUGGGCUCACCCCGCUACACCAGGCUGUGGGAAAUGUGAAUCUUGUGAAACUGUUUCUAGAAAAUCAUGCGAACGUAAACGCCGAGGAUGAGCGGGGGAACACCCCGCUGUUGCUUGCAUCCAAGUACUUCGGAGACGUUGAGGACGUGGUCAAGCUUUUAAUCACGCACGGCUCUAACGUCAACCACAGAAACAAGUGGGGCAUGUACCCACUAUGGCAGGCUACCAAACUCCACAACACAAAAUGUCUGACAUUGUUACUCGGCGCGAAAGCUGAUUUAGGUCACGACAACAAACUAUGCAAGUCCGCGCUUUCAGUAUUGCUCAACAAAUGGUUCCCCAAUGAACAAACCCAGCGAACGGCUGCCUUACUGCUGGAGCAUGCGGCUAGUGCUGAAUUUGUCAGGGCUGAUAUAAUCCAUCGACUUAUCGCCGCUGGCAAUGAUGGCAUUUUGGCUCAGCAGCUAAUUAAAUCUGGCAUUUGCCCAACAGAUAUAGUUCUCAAGAGAACCAUCUUUGGCUGGCCUGAGACUUCUGUAUCACCACUCGCCGUUUCCUUGAUGCUAGACAGCCUGGACUUUGUUCGUUAUUUUAUCGAAAACUGGUACUUAACAAAAUCAGACGUCAAGCUCCUGUCCAGAAAUGAAGACGUCUUAAAUUAUUUGGAACAACAUGAAGCUAGAGCUCUUCCGUACUUGAAGGAAGUUUCCCGCCAGCCAAUGAGGUUGGAGCUUUUGUGUUUCAUUACCGUCUCGUCUGUUCUAGGUUCCGACGAAAGCAGACGCCAAAAGAUUCGUGAGUCCAAGCUCCCAGCCCUGCUGCAGGACCAGCUCUUGUUCACGAAACUAGAGCACAAAGUUCUUCAAGCAUUGAAUGUCGACAACGGCUUCAUCUUUCUUCACCACCUGACAAAAAGCCUAGCCGAUCAGGAGGAAGAGUCCGACUUUUACGACAUGGAUGAAGAUUUUCCAGGGAUGAAUUCGUCGUCGGAGUCAACUCCCAAUAGCCUGAAUAACAGUGACAUGGGAGAUUUGGAAUUGAUUUAAGAUUGAAUAACAUUGACCUGGGAGAUUUGG